UGAGAUAAAAUUAAUCCCGUCUCUUUUCCAUUUCUCGCUUUCUCUCUCUCUUUAAGCUCGGUUUGAACUUUCAAGUUUAAAACACACAAAGCUUGUUUUUUUUUUCCUUUUCUUUUCCUUAAAGAGACAUUCCGGGUUUCUGUUCUUGUUCUCAAAUUUGUGUUUCAAAGAAAAUAAGACAAAUUUCCAUGUGCAGUGGUCCGAAGAGGAAGCCAACUCAAACUGGUUUAACGAUGGAGGGUGAGUCUCGUAAAGAAGAUGAGGUUCCUCAAAAGUUCUCGGUUUUGCUGGAGUUGUCGGCUUCAAAUGAUUUGAUUGGCUUUAAAAUUUCUGUUGAAGAAGGGGGUCAUGAUAUGGAUGAGGCAGGCUUGUGGUAUGGAAGGCGAUUGGGUUCGAAGAAGAUGGGGUUUGAAGAAAGGACACCCCUUUUGAUUGCUUCCUUGUUCGGGAGCCAGGAUGUGGUGAAUUAUAUUGUUGAAAGGGGCCGUGUUGAUGUUAACAGGGCUUGUGGUUCCGAUGGGGCCACCGCUCUCCACUGUGCUGCUGCUGGCGGCUCUUUUUAUUCGCCUGAAAUUGUCAAAAUCUUGCUUGAUGCUUCUGCUGAUAUCGAUUCUCUCGAUGCUAAUGGAAACCGGCCUGGUGAUUUGAUUGCUCCGGCUUGUAACUCGGCUUUUGGCUUGAGGAAGAAAAGGUUGGAGUCUUUGCUGAAAGGAAGUGACUGUGUUGGGGAGAUAGAGGGCUUGCCUGCUCAGUUAGGAAAUGAAAUGGGAGGGCUAGAGGAACAAGAAGGUUCGAUGCCCCGGGUUUCGAAAGAUGGAACUGAGAAGAAAGAGUAUCCCGUUGAUCUUACUCUUCCGGAUAUUAAGAACGGGAUAUACGGCACAGAUGAGUUUAGGAUGUAUACUUUCAAGGUCAAGCCUUGUUCAAGGGCUUACUCUCACGAUUGGACUGAGUGCCCCUUUGUUCAUCCUGGGGAGAAUGCUAGGAGGCGUGAUCCUAGGAAAUAUCAUUAUAGCUGUGUACCUUGCCCUGAAUUUCGUAAGGGAUCAUGCAGGCAAGGUGAUAACUGUGAGUAUGCACAUGGUAUUUUUGAGUGCUGGCUUCAUCCUGCCCAGUAUCGAACCCGUUUAUGCAAGGAUGAGACUAAUUGUACCAGGAGAGUUUGUUUCUUUGCUCACAAGCCUGAGGAGCUUCGUCCCUUGUAUGCUUCAACCGGCUCAGCGGUGCCUUCCCCGAGAUCUUAUUCGGCUGCUGGUUCCUCCUUAGACAUGGGUUCCAUGAGCCCACUUGCUCUUGGCUCCCCAUCUGUUAUGAUACCUCCGACAUCAACACCGCCCUUGACCCCUACUGGUGCUUCUUCUCCUAUGGGUGGAUCGAUGUGGCCAAGUCAGUCUAACAUCAUACCUCCUACCUUGCAGCUUCCUGGUAGUAGGUUGAAAACUACACUUAGUGCUCGGGAUAUGGAUUUAGACAUGGAACUACUGGGGCUGGAAUGUCGUCGCCGCCGCCAGCAGCAGCAACAGUUAAUUGAUGAGAUAUCUGGCCUUUCCUCCCCAACCAGCUGGAACAAUUCUACAGCAUUUUCUGCCGCUGGUGACCGAACUGGUGAACUAAAUAGAUUUGGAGGGGUGAAGCCAACUAACCUUGAUGAUAUUUUUGGAUCUCUUGAUCCUAGUAUUAUGCCACAAAUACAAGGACUCUCGCUUGAUGCUGCAGCAUCUCAGCUGCAAUCUCCCACUGGAGUUCAUACGCGCCAGAAUAUUAACCAGCAGCUCAGGGCUAGCUACCCGACCAACCUACCAUCCUCUCCAGUGAGGGCUUCUUCAUCCUUUGGGAUCGAUCCAUCUGGGCCGUCUGCAGCUGCAGUUUUAAGUUCAAGGUCAUCUGCCUUUGCAAAGCGUAGCCAGAGCUUUAUCGAGCGUACUGCUGUAAAUCGUCAUUCAGGGCUGUCUUCGCCAGCUUCUUCUGCAAGUGCAAUGCCUUCCAACCUAUCAGAUUGGGGUUCCCCCGAUGGCAAACUAGACUGGGGCAUACAGGGAGAAGAGCUAAACAAACUAAGAAAAUCUGCUUCCUUCGGGUUCCGGAGCAGUGGCAGCAAUUUGGGAAAUGCCCCUCGUUCUAUAUCAUCAACUACAGAUGAGCCUGAUGUGUCAUGGGUCCAGUCUCUGGUGGUGGACCCUCCUCCUGCCGGGCAGUUAAGUUUUGAGGAGGAGCAGUGUCAUCGUAACCCUGGGGGCGCGGAGAUGCUCCCUGCUUGGGUGGAGCAAUUGUACAUGGACCAGAAACAGAUGGUGGCCUAAAAGCACAAGGCUAUCCCCACCAUUAUCUCCUAAGUUAACCUUAACUAGUUUUUGUAUUUUUCCCCAUUUGUUUGAAUUUUUAUCAAAUACUCCGCAUCUGUAAUUGGAAUGAAAUGGACCAGGAGAGAAUACAAGGUGAGCAGAAGAAAAAGGUUUCUGCCAAACUUACUCUGAGGUUCUCAAGAAUAAUGUCUGUUAUUCUUUUUUGUCACAAUAUUGGGUUUACUUGGAUAGGUCGGGCUAAAGCAGGAGAGGAUAGUUAGGCCAAUGUUCAACACUUUCAUUUCAAUUUGCAAAGGGAAGCAAGCGCAGCACUGAUUCUUUUAGUGUAUUUUCUUUUGGUGGGGGCUUGUUCAUUUUUUAUGUAUCAAAAACUACUGCAUUAUUUAAUUUAUAUAUCUAUUUUUCUGUUAAAAA